AUGGCAAGACUUUCCGAGGAUGCCAGUUCUGGAAAACGAACUAUCCAGUUUGGAAAGAACACUCUGCCAAAAGGAGCUCGGGUUGAGGUUAGUAUGAAGGAUGGAAGUAUUUUUACGGGUCAAGCAGUGCUGUAUGACAGCUCAAUUAAUUGGUUUGUGUUGGUGGAAGAGAAAGAUCAUUAUUAUGAGAAAUUACUCAUUAAUUACGAACAUGUUGAUCAGGUACAUCAGUUUAAUUUUAUUUAUGGAUAAGGUCUGUGGUUUAAGCGCUGUGAGCGAAGCUCCUGAAUUGAUUGGAAACGACGAAGAGUUGAUGCACAAAGCCGAACAGCGACUUCAGAAAGCCUUAGCGGAGAAGAAAUACUUUUGCAGCGAUCAGGCUAGCCAGAGGGCAGUUCAGACGUUCAUGGAGCUCAAGAAAAUGUAAGAAUCUUUUAUUUUUGUAAAUUUUAUCAGUCUUAAUUCAGUCGAAUGGGCUAAUAACGACAUCCUUGUAAUGGACGUGGUUCGAAUUAGCCCCCCUUACCGUCCUGAUAGCUGUGAGAUGAUCACCAAAUCCAGACAAGCUGAGGAUUGUCUAAAUCGAGUGAAGAAGAUUGUAAGUACAAGGUUGUUUUUUAAGUCACAUUUACAGUUGGUUCAAGUGAUUGAAUGUAUCGGAAGUCAAGAUUAA